AUGUCAGGGAAGGUUCACGGUGGCAAGGGUAAGUCCGGCGCGAAAGACGGAGGCCCCCUUGGGUCGCAAUCGCAUUCUGCGCGCGCAGGUCUGCAGUUUCCCGUUGGUAGAAUUAAGCGGUACUUGAAGAAAAACGCCGCAGGUAAGACGCGGGUCGGGUCCAAGGCCGCUAUAUAUCUCACAGCCGUGUUGGAGUAUCUGACAGCCGAGGUGCUGGAGCUGGCGGGAAACGCCGCAAAGGAUCUGAAGGUCAAACGUAUCACGCCGCGCCAUCUGCAGCUGGCCAUCCGCGGCGAUGACGAACUGGACUCGCUGAUCAGGGCGACAAUUGCGUCCGGCGGUGUGCUUCCGCACAUAAACAAGGCAUUGUUGUUGAAAGUGGAGAAGAAGACCCACAAAUGA